AUGGUGACCCAUCAAUUCGCACUGCUAGCGCUAUUGGCGACGCUUGCGGGUCACGUCACCACUGUCAACGCAGGUAAUUCCCUUGGUAAACAUCAAUAUCUCGUAGACUGCUUGGAUUAUGCGAAAGCCAGCAUAGGCUCUCCGGGCGAAAAGUCUCCGGAAAAUCAAAGGAACAAAGGGACGUUCUGGAGUGCGACCGAGGUCCUCGACAUGGCUGCAGCCGUCAACAGACCCGCGAACAAAGAUGGGUGGAAUGGCGAGUGCGGCGUCGCAUUCUACUAUGACGAUAUGGCUCGUCGCUUGAAGUCUCUCCAGUUGAAAAAGGAAGCCGUCGCGACAUAUGCUAAACCUUUAGCAAUAGCUCCCGUCUGCGAAGGGGACUUCAAACCCAAGGCGGACAGCAAGUAUCCGGAAUCUAGCGGUGACGGGAACCGUUUCACAUUUGAGCAGUACCGACCCGCUCCGGAGGGCGGCACGAAAAACGACGCCUACUUCAUCUUGCAGAAUGCCAAAAAUGCGGACGCCGAUUGUCUUACGCUCGAGGACUUUGGCAGUAUACAAUGGCAGUUCCCCGACAAGGACCAGGCCGUCAUUCAAGAAUUCUGGCAGAAAGAGUCGCAGAAAGGGAAUGGUGUUCCCGAGUUCACGCCCGACUUGUUCAAGGACUGGGUUACGCAAUACGCAAGAGACGGGCGCGAUGGAACCAUCUGCAUCCCCAACCCCAGGAAAUUCGGCAAGGGCAAUAUCAAAUGGUCCAGCUGGAACUGGUUGAGCACAAUGUGGGGCUACAAAGACGAUGACACUUGGAACACCGACCCCCCAGCAGCCAGUUCGAGAAGGCGAUCGCGAAUCGAAGGUCCUUUAUGA